CCAGCCAAGCAGACACUCUUGUGCAUCAUCCUCAUUACUGAAGCGAUUAGCCCAUGUGCAGUGUGUGGGGGUGGCUGACAGCCCAGCCCCACAGCGAGCUGGUGACGCCAGGCCACAGCCAACCCCUGCCCUACAGCCAAAGGCCCAGAGGCUCCAUUCUGGAUCAGCCGUGUGGACGACGGACGUCGCCAACUGGUGAGCUGCUCUGUCUGGUGGGAGGGAGGCACUCUUCCUUCUCUGGACCCCUGACCUGGGAGAAACCUUCCCGGCUGGCCACUGCCCUCUUUCAAAGGUGAACACAGUAAAAUUUAUGACAGGCACCCUAUCAGACAACACAGGAGCAUAAAACCAGAGGAAGAGUGAUAGCCUGUCAUCUGCGGAAAAGGUUCACCCAAGACGCAAGGCGCCUGGUGCGUUGUGGCAUGGGGCUGCAGCCGCGCACCUUCCUUCUGGGGCUGCUGCUGCUUCUGGGGCAAGGAAGCACCCAGGCCCAUACCUCUCCUGGAGAGAAUGCAUUGGAAGACCAACUAUGGCCGGAGUGGCAGACCUCGAAGAGUCUUCCGUUCUCAUGCAACCCACAGAAGUCAGGAUCCGAAGUGCCUUCUAACUCAGUCCACUCUCUGAGACCUUCUGAUAUUAAAUUUGUGGCAGCCAUUGGCGAUGUGGAAACUCCUCCAGACUCAGGGACAGGCGACCUGGAGAAGCAAGAAUGGACUGAAGACAGGCCACUGCAGGCAUGCAUGGGCGUGGUGACUGCCCUUUCAGAUGUCAUCAGGCACUUCAAUCCAUCUGUCCUGCAGCCCGUGUGUGCCCCUGUGAAGGCGGUCAUGCCCUACAGUGGUGCUGAAGACCUGUGGAUUCAGGCAGAAGAACUGGUGAGGAGCAUGAAAGAGAACCAGCAACUCGACUUUCAGAAUGAUUGGAAGCUCAUCAAUGUGUUCUUUGGCAACACGAGCCAGUGUCACCUGUGUCCCUCCACCCAGCAGCAAAGCCAUGUGGCGAGUGGCAUGAGCAGGCUGACGAGAACGCUGGACUACCUGCACCAGGAGGUCCCUAAAGCAUUUGUGAACCUGGUGGAUCUCUCUGAAGCUCUAGGGCGCUCUGACUGGCAUCAGGGGACUACACUCAGCCCCACGGCAGAGACCUGCAGGUGCUCAGAGGAGACUUCGCGGCUGUCCAAGGCUGUGGCCCAGUGGUCCUAUCAGGAAACCUGGGAACGUCUCCUGGCCUCCAGCAAGUACAAUGAGCAGGAGUCCUUCGCAGUGGUCUUCCAGCCUUUCUUCUAUGAGAGAGCCCUGCCGCCACCCUCAGGUCCGCAGCCACUCCAGGACCCCUCCACACUCGCCUUGACUCUCUGGAACAGCAUGAUGGAGCCGGCAGGACAGAAAGAUGAGCCACUCAGUGCAAAAGAGGGGAAGCCGGUGAAAUGUCCCUCUCAGGAGAAUCCCUUUCUGUUCACCUACGGAAACAGCAACUACCUGCCCAGGUUGCUAGAACCCCACGCCAAGGUUGAGGUGACAGAAGGAGCGGAAGUCAGGUGCCCAGACAAGGAUCCCUCCAACACGAUUCCCACCUCAGUCCACAGGCUGAAGCUGGCAGACAUCAAGGUCAUCGGGGCUCUCGGCGAUUCUCUUACGGCAGGUAAUGGGGCCGGCUCCAAGCCUGGGAAUGUCCUGGACGUCUUGACUCAGUAUCGAGGUCUGUCCUGGAGCGCCGGCGGCGACCAGAACCUCAGCAGCGUCAUCACCCUGCCAAACAUUCUCCGGGAGUUCAACCCUUCUCUGAAGGGCUUCUCUGUUGGCACCGGGAAAGAAAGCAGUCCCAGAGCCUUCCUGAACCAGGCCGUGCCAGGAGCCCGAGCUGAGGAUUUACCUGUCCAGGCCAGGAGGCUGGUGGACCUGAUGAAGAGUAACACGAACAUAAAUUUCCAGGAAGAUUGGAAGAUAAUAACCCUGUUUAUAGGAGGCAAUGAUCUCUGUGAUUUCUGUGAUGACAUGGUUCACUAUUCUCCCGAGAACUUCGUAGCCAACAUUGGGAAGGCUUUGGACAUCCUCCACGCUGAGGUGCCUCGGGCGUUUGUGAACCUGGUAAAGGUGCUGGAGAUGAUCAACCUGAGGGAGCUGUACCAGGAUAAGAAUGUCAGCUGCCCGAGGCUGAUCCUCCGGAGUCUGUGUCCCUGCGUCUUGAAGUUUGAUGAUAACUCAACAGAACUUGCCGCCCUCAUCGAGGCAAACAAGAAGUAUCAGGAGAGGACUCACGAGCUGGUUGAGAGUGGGCAGUACGACACGAGGGAAGAUUUUACAGUGGUCGUGCAGCCAUUCUUUGAAAAAGUGGACAUGCCGAAGACGCCGGAGGGGCUGCCUGACAGCUCUUUCUUUGCUCCUGACUGUUUCCACUUCAGUAGCAAGGCUCAUGCCCACGCCGCCUCUGCCCUCUGGAACAGCAUGCUGGAACCUGUUGGCCAGAAGGCAAGACAGUAUAACUUUGAAGGCGAGAUAAACAUCACAUGUCCAGACGAGGUCUGGCCGUAUCUGAGCACCUACAAGAACAGCGUGAAGGACCACGGGAGCUGGCUGAUGUGCAGUGACAGAGCCCCUUCUGCCUCGCCGCCUACCUCAGUGCAUGCCCUGAGACCAGCAGACAUCCAAGUCGUGGCUGCCCUGGGAGAUUCUCUGACCGCUGGCAAUGGAAUUGGCUCCAAACUGGAUGACCUUUCUGAUGUCACCACUCAGUAUCGAGGGCUGUCAUUUAGUUCAGGAGGGGACAGCUACCUGGAGAAGGUGACCACCUUACCGAAUAUCCUUCGGAAGUUUAACGGAAACCUCACAGGCUAUGCAGUGGGCACAGGGGGAGCCAACGACACGAAUGCAUUCCUCAAUCAGGCUGUUCCUGGAGCAAAGGCUAAGGACCUUGCGAGCCAAGCCCAGACUCUGAUACAGAAGAUGAAAGAUGACCAUAGAGUAAAUUUCCAAGAGGACUGGAAGGUCAUCACGGUGCUGAUUGGAGGCAGUGAUUUAUGUGACUACUGCACAGAUUCGAAUCUGUAUUCUGCAGCCAACUAUUUUGACCAUCUCCGCAAUGCCUUGGACAUCCUGCAUAGAGAGGUACCCAGGGCCUUGGUCAACCUCGUGGACUUCAUGAGCCCCAGUGUCGUGCGGCAGGUGUUCCUAGGGAACCCUGACAAGUGCCCGGUGCAGCAGGCCAGCAUUUUGUGUAACUGUGUUCUGACUCCACGGGAGGGCUCCCAAGAGCUGGCCAGGUUGGAGGACGUCACCCAAGCCUACCAGAGCAGCAUGCGCGAGCUGGUGGAGUCCGGUCGCUACGACACACGGGAGGACUUCUCCGUGGUGCUGCAGCCCUUCUUCCACAGCAUUCGGCUUCCCGUCCUGGCGGAUGGGCACCUGGAUAUGUCCUUCUUCGCUCCAGACUGCCUCCACCCAAGUCAGAAAUUCCACUCCCAGCUCUCCAGAGCCCUUUGGGUCAAUAUGCUUGAACCACCAGGAAGGAAAACUGAUACCCUGGACCUGACGGUGGAUAUACCCCUCUCCUGCCCCACUCAGAAUGAGCCCUUCCUGAGAACCCCCCGGAACAGUAACUACACGUACCCCACCGAGCCAGCCACGGAGAACUGGGGCAGUGACCUCCUGUGUGCUGAGUGGGAUCCUUCCAACAGUGUCCCUACAUCAGUCCAUGAGCUUCGACCCGCGGAUAUCAAAGUGGUGGCCGCCCUGGGUGACUCGCUGACUACAGCAGUGGGAGCCCGACCCAGCAAUGCCAGUGACCUCCUCACAUCUUGGAGGGGCCUCUCCUGGAGCAUUGGAGGGGAUGGCAACUUGGAGACCAUCACCACACUGCCUAACAUUCUGAAGAAGUUCAACCCUGAAAUCCUCGGCUUCUCCACUGGCACACAGGAGGAGACGGCAGGGCUGAAUGUAGCAGUGGAAGGGGCCAGAGCUUGGGACAUGCCUGCCCAGGCCCGGGACCUCGUGGAGCGAAUGAAAAACAGCCCUAAAAUCAACCUAGAGAAAGACUGGAAGCUCAUCACACUCUUCAUUGGGAGCAACGACUUGUGUCAUUACUGCGAGAAUCCGGAGGCCUACUCGCCCGGGGAGUAUCUUCGGCACAUCCAACAGGCCCUGGACAUCUUCUACAAGGAGCUUCCAAGGGCUUUCGUCAACUUGGUGGAGGUCAUGGAGCUGGCUGGCCUGCACCAGGGCCAAGGCGGGAAAUGUGUCAUGCCACUGGCUGCCCAGAGCAACUGCACCUGCCUCCGAGGCUCCCAGGAGAACUCCCCGGAGAUGCAGAAACUGAAGACAGUGAACUGGAACUUCCAGAGCGGCCUCUCCAGGUUCUCCUACCAGCACGAGUACCUGCAGCGCGAGGACUUCGCCGUGGUCGUGCAGCCUUUCUUCCAGAACACUCUCGUCCCUCUGAAUGACCGAGGGGGCGCUGACCUCACCUUCUUCUCUGAGGACUGUUUCCACUUCUCAGAACGCGGGCAUGCAGAGAUGGCCAUCGCUCUCUGGAACAACAUGCUGGAACCAGUUGGCGGUAAGACGACCUCCAACAACUUCACCUACAGCAGAACCAAACUCAAGUGCCCGUCUUCUGAGAGCCCUUACCUCCGUACCCUGAGGAACAGUCAGCUGCUCCAAGACCAGGCUGAAGCAGGCCCCCAGGUGCUCUCCUGGGCCCUGCCAGUGGCGGCAGGAGGCGGCCUGGUGGUUGGUGUCAGUGCAAUGAUGAUAUGGAGAGCCCUGAGAGGUCGCCAGAGGGAAAAUCUGUCCAUCGAUUUGAACACGAUGCGUUUCUAGGCCUGCCAGCCACAUGCAGGCUCCCAUCCUAACUUCCCCAGCCACGCUCCCCACCAACCCCUACCUCAGCCACCCCUGGCCCUCACUUCACCUCACUUCAACACCUGGUGACAUACGAAGCCAAAGGGACAGUCACAACUUCUUGGGGCCUGAGACCUUUGCUCCUGAAAUUGGCACAUUUAAAUAAAGACUAAAGCUGUUCUA